CUUGUACCCCCCUUUCGCGAUUACUCACCCUCUCAACCUGCCGCUGUCUCACGAUAAGACCACUCAUCCUCUGUCCAUGCAGCAAACGCAUCGUCUGUCAGCAGUCGUGACAUACACAGACCACAGUGAGCACAUCACAUCGCGCGGAAUCCGAUGUCCGUAGCCACCAAGAUGGCACGCGUAGACCCAGGUCAGAAGCGCAAAUUCAAUGGCAGUGAUAGCUCUGGCUCUCGCUUCCAUCAAGCUCAGCGUAGCCCUCAGAGAAAGGCCAAGCUGCAGGCCGCCUCGCAGCAGCGCACGGUAAAGCAAGUGGCCAAGAUGAGCGGCAUUUUCACCAUGGAGGAAGACGAGCUGUACGACGCCUUUCAGUUUGGGAAGAAGGUGGGGUCCGGCAAUUGGGCCACAGUCUAUGAGGCUCGUGUGCGAAGCGAUGGGCAGAUCAAGGCCAUCAAGCUGGUAUCGCGGUCCCCCAAUGGAGUGACAACUGAGGCUGCGAGACAGCGUUUCGAGGCGCUGAAGAAGGAAUACAGGAUUCUUCGUACCAUACCAUCCACAGUGCCAUGGCAUGUCAAUAUCAUCAGGCACGACUGUUUCAUCAGUACGCCCGCUACUGGCUGUCUCGUAGCACCACUACACGAUGAGCCGAUGACUGUCUGUCUUCCACUGGCCAUGCUGAGAGCAUACUGCCUCAAGCUCGCGUCUGCUCUCGAAUGGCUCCACACCUACUGCAUCUGCCACAACGACGUCAAACUUGCCAACAUUGUCGUUGAUAGGAAUCUACAAGACCCGAUUGGGGAGCCCAUCCUUGUUGACUUUGGCUUCGCUACCGAUCAUCGUCCGGGAGGCGGCACCGAAUUUUGGACACAGGACAAGAUGGGCACUGCAGAGUACCUGAGCCCGGAGCGUGCAGCAGGCCGACUCCAUGAUGAGCGCCUCAGCGACAUCUGGGCUCUUGGUGUCUCAUUCUUCGAGAUGGCAACGGGGCGCACGCCAUUCGAGAGGCCAGACGAGGGACCUUGCAACGAGGAAUCGAUGGGCGAAUACCGUCGGCGCAUUCAAGACGAUGAGUGGUACAUUGAUGAUGACCUUCCGCAAGACUUGGUCGAACUCUGUCGGUUGAUGGUGCACAAGAACCCCCGACUGCGUCUGCCGCUGGCAGAAGUCAGUCAGCACGACUUCUUCCGCCGCGAAAGUCGCGAUGAUCCCUCUGAUCUUGAGAACAAUAGGCUUCACUUGGAGGGAAGGGACGAGUCAUCUGACUCUUUCCUCAACAGCAGCAGUGGUCACUCCCAUAGCGAACAGAAGGAUCUACCGAAGACGCCCUCGCAUUUGGCCAGCAAGAUUGCUGCCGGCAGUCUUGCUUUCCCAGGCUCACCAGGUCUCGAUUUCGACGACCUUUCUUUCGAGCCCGAGCUCAUCGACUCGAGAGCCCCUUGGGGCAGCAGUGCCGACGUCUCGCUCAAGUCUGAAGAUCUUCACAGCUACCAUGGUCAUCAACACAAUCACACUGUGCCACGCAAAGCUCCCAAGUUGGCGGUUCCCAUCGACAUUGUCUCCAAAAGAGACAAAUUUGUGCUCUGCACACCUCACUCUACCGCAACAGUCAAGCCCACUGCUGCUCAGACUGCUCCACCGCUGCGCUUUGCGCUUCAAAACGUUUCAAGCAAAGUGAACCUCCAACAGUCGAGCAAUGUCAAGGUUGGUUUCAGCCCGGAGAAGGGCACCAUCAAGAAAAUCUCUGGGACACCAAGAAGGCAAGCUAUGAUCAACGAGAAGCAGACCAGGACUCCAGCUUUUGCAGCGAUGCCGAGUCUGGCUUCGAUGUGAGCUUCAGCGAAGAUGAGAAGGCAGGAGAAGGAGAUCCGACCAUCGUUCUGCCUGCCGCUACCCAUAUCAAGAGAACCGGCGCCCAAGCAGACAAGGUCGAAAGUCAGAAUGGCAGCGUCCGCCACAAGAAUGUCUCUGAGCG